AUGUCUGUCUACCAAGAACCUCACAUUGUGUCGCCUAUCGUCGAAGACGACGACUCCUCUGAUACCACGCUGCGUCCCUCACCUCUCCAGUAUCCGCAGCGCAGCCGUCCACGCGAGUCUCAGAGAAUGAGCAGCCAACGGACCGCACUAUCGCCGCCGCCUCGACUCGAGCGAUUCACAUCUCUACGGGUUGGCAAUUUCCAACGCGUUCCCUCGACUGCGUCUUCUCGGACUGCCGACGAUUACUUUGAUCCACAGCCGUUCAACCAAGACUCACAACGACCUAGCGAAGUUGGCACGCAAUCACAACCACCUACUCCUCCGUCUACCCUGACUCGCUUCAAAUCUUUGCGAGCCGUCCGUCCUCAACUGGCACGUUCAUCAUCCAAGAGCUUCUGGCAGUCCCGCGAGCUCACCGAAAAAGAGCUCGAGGAUCGAACUUAUGCUCGACAAGCCGUCCGCCGGGAAGCCAUCAACCCAGCCGUCCAGGCCGUGGAUUUCGAUCUGGUCUCCUCCUUGACCAAGAUCAGUCGACAUGAUAGCAAGAGAUUCAAGCUUCAGCCAUUGCCGGCCGGAGCUGUUGAUCACGAUGCUGCUUUAGUGUCAGACAGUAGUUCUGAGAAGACCUUGGUCAACAGGUCGGAUGACAGACAAGUCCCACGCAUCAACAAGACGCGCUACGUUGGCAUCAUGUGUGCUCUAUGCGUGACAUUUUCGCUACUGGCGCUUGAUGCGACGAUCGUGGCUACCCUGCUACCGACUAUCACUGGACAAUGGAACUCAAUCAGCGAAGUUGGCUGGUAUGGUGCAGCCUACCUGCUCCCACAACCAACACUUCAGCCUCUCUUCGGAAAGCUGUACCCAUUCUUUGACGCAAAGAUCUUGUUUGUCCUGUCCUUGGCCAUCUUCGAGAUCGGCUCACUCGUCUGCGCUCUCGCGAACUCGUCCACCAUGUUCAUCGUCGGCCGUCUUGUGGCUGGAGUCGGCGCUGCAGCUCUGGCUCCUGGAAUCUUUGCUCUCAUUACUGAGCUGGUGCCUCGAAGCAAACGACCCAUCUUUACCGGUCUGGGCGCCAGCACAGCCGGCAUUGCCGCCGUUCUCGGUCCCGUGCUCGGCGGUGUAUUGACUCAGCAGCUCAGCUGGCGAUGGUGCUUCUACAUCAACCUCCCUCUUGGAGCUGCUGUGGUGACCAUCAUCAUCAUCUGCUGUCCACCAUUGGGCUGCCGCAUGAAAAUGCCAGUACUGUACGAGCUUUUCCUUGCGCUUGAUCCCAUCGGCGUCAAGCUCUUGACAGCCAGUGUUGUAUGCCUGCUGUUUGCGAUGCAAUUCGGCGCCCAGGACUCAUGGAGCGCGCCUGGUGUGAUUGCGCUGUUGACCGUGUCUGGCGUGCUCAUCGUCUGGUUCGGCUUCCAGCAGGCAAUGGCUGAUCCUUUGCAGGCGCUUCUGCCACGAAGUCUGUUCGUCGAAGGCACCGAUGCACAAGGCAGCGGCGUCAAACUCAUCCCCUACCUCCUGAGCCAAACAACAGCAGCAAUUGCCACAGGCAUCUUCGUACAGCGAAGCCGUCUCUUCAACCCGCCAAUGCUCCUCGGCACCGCCGUCUUCGCCGUGGGCGCCGGUUUCCUCUACACUCUGGAUGCAGACACCCCCAACGCCCGUAUCAUCGGCUUCCAGAUCCUUACCGGCUUCGGCGCAGGCUGCGGUCAAUUUCUAGCGACUGGCAUUGCACAGCAAGUCCUCUCCCGAGAAGAGGAAUCAAUUGGUCUUUCCAUGGUGUACAUGAUCAAAAUGCUGGGUGCGACCAUCUCUGUCGCCAUCUGUAGCACACUGUUCAAUGGUGAGCUGAAGUCGAAUCUAUCGAACGGUGGCUUCGACCAGGCUCAAGUGGAACAGAUUGAGGCGGCUAUUGCUACCUCGAGCAAAUUCAACGGCACUUCUGGAGAUGCUACGGAGAGUAUCAUCAAGGAUGCGAUUACUCAGAGUGUCACCACUACAUUCAUUGUGCCCAUUGCGGUGGGCGUACUUGCGUUUGUCGUUGCGGUAGUCCAGCCAUGGCAGAAGGUCGCACUACCGGAAAAGGAGGAGGGAAGUGGGCAGGAGAAACCAGUUGUGAAGUAG